UGUUAUGGUUAUCCAGAAUUCAAAAUUACAAACAAGUCAUUUUGUGAAAAUUCAAAAAAUGUCCUUAUCUUGAUAAAUGUCUAUAUCCAAAGAUAUCAGUGUUUACCUCAAAGUAAUAGCUAUCCACAACUCUUUUUCAUCAUUGAUGCCUCUUUCAUUGCUGCGAAAUUGGCAUGGCUUUUCAAUUUCAUUCUGUAACGUUCACUUGUUAACAAACUUGACUGUUUAGAAUGUGCAUGAUGUUUCUGGAGCUGGCUGUCGUCUUUAGGCUUGGUGGAGCAUGAGGAAAGAGUGGGAUGUGAAGAAAGCGUAAGGGCAGGUGCUUGGUCAUCAUGAGGAGCCCAAUCGCACAGCAGAGGGCAGGUCUGGCCAGAGGGAAGACCCAGACGUUCGGACAAUAUUUAAACGCCAGGAGGACACAUUGGCCAGUGGUGCUGAAUCUGAGACCAUUUGAAUCUCACAUCACCUGUCUGACUGCAUAAGACUGUCUUUCUGUGAGCCUGUCUGUCUACAGUAUCUGCCAUCAUGCUGGUACGGGCCGUCCUACAGACUUCACUGGUUCUGUGGUUAGUACAGAGCACCAUACAAGGAGGUGUUAGACCACAGUCUGGAUCUCUGGGAAGGCUGGCACAAAGUCGAGCGGCUGGUAUUCUUGGAGCCCGUGCUUAUGGAGUGGGCAGGCAAGGAAAGACAGCUGCUGGUCGUUAUCUUGGUGUGGGAGGCUAUAGACCUGGGAUGGCUGGAGGAUUAAAACAAGGAUAUGGAACACUCGGCUAUGGAGUCCCUCUUGGUGCUGGUCUUGGAGGGAAUCUCGGGGGUGCUGGAAUGGGCUAUGGAAGGGGAUAUGGCCAGGGUGACGGGCUGGGUUAUCCAGGUGGAAGAGGAUAUACCGGUAACGGUUAUGGAGCUCCAAUAGGUUAUGGUGCAGGAGGAUACCCUGGCAUUGGACGCGGAUAUGGUGGCCCUGCAGUCGCGCCCUCAAAAGGGCAAGGUUUAAAACCAUCAAAACUGGCUGAUCCAGUGUCUAGGUUUACAGGUGCUGGGCCCAGAGGAGGCCAACCUGUGUCACGGGGAGAAAGGGCCGAUGGGUACGGUCUUGGUGCAGGGUAUUUUGGAACUGGUCUUCCUGAUGGUUACGGUGCAGGUUAUGGGGCAGGUGCAUAUCAACAGGGAGUUCGAGGAGGAAAGCCGAUCGGCUACAAUAAUGGAUUCGGCAGUGAAAUGUAUGGUGCUGCAGAUGGAUAUGGGGCAGGUCUCGGAGCUGCCGGCCUAGGAGCUGCUGGUCUUGGAGCUGCAGGUCUUGGAAAUCCAGGUCAGCUUGCGGGCACUGGUCUGGGUUCUGAAGCCAAAGCUAGAAAGUAUGCGGCAGGUGGGGUACUUGGGGCUGCAGGAUCCUUGCCUUACGGUGGCCAGCCUGUGGUUUCGGCUGGGCUUGGGCCUCAGAGCAAAACUGGUAGCUAUGGUGAAGCUACAUUUGGAGAAAUUCCAACCCUCGGCUCUGACGCUGGUGGUGCUGGUGCAGCAUUGGAUCCUUUAGUAGCUGGAGGUGUAGGUCAGCUUCCUUACAAUGCACCUGUCAUUGCAGCUGGGCUUGAAGGUGAUGCUGGCUAUCCCUAUGGUGCUGAGCAACUCGUUUUGGAAGCUGAAGUUACAAAAACGGCUGCCAAAUAUGGUGCAGGAGGUUUUGGAGCUGCACUAAGUACCGGCAGUCAGGGUGCAUAUGCUGGACAAAAGGAUGGAACCAAAGCGAGCCUUAGCGGUGUUUAUGGGAAUGGGUACAAAGGUUAAUUUCUGAACCCGGCUGUUAACCUCUGCAGUGUUUUCGACUAGUGCUCCCCACCAUUAUGCAGUUUGUGACAGUGUUGUAAGGCAUGUUAUUUUAGCUUUACUUGUGCCCAUUUAUGUGGGCAUUUGUGUUUUGUGUCUGUAUGUGUGUGUGUGUGGUGUUUAUAAAUGUGGUCCUUAUCGUG